CGGGCCGAACCUUAGUUACUUUCAUGGCAGGGUCAGUGUUACAAUCUGUCUGACACCUUGCCAUGCCGUGUUCCAUGGCAACACGACUGCUAUGCCAGCUGAGAUCACUUCUCAUAUUAUCAAGGAUGCAAUGGCAGACACUCACCCAUUGCCGAUGGGCGGCGGGAUAAGCAUGCGGGGGCUCACCACGCAGUGGGUUCUGUAUCGCGCGCCCUACGCUAAUCCAUACCCAGCUGCCGCGAAGCACAGAACGGCAUCAAUCCACCUCAACAUUGGCGAAGCCCUCUCCUUCAACGACCUCCAGACCCUGGCUGCUUUCUCGCUGUUCUGCGCAAUAUUCGGUCUCUCGCCCCCCCGUCGAAACUCUCACCCAGCCUCUUCAUCUCCAAUCCAUCCACAUUCUAGUCGGCGUCUAUAUCCGCUCUAUAAAGUUGUUUCAUCAAGUGUACUUCGAAUGAUUGCUGCGUAAGUAAACUUCUGUGGGUCUAACUGCGAAGCUUUACCUGUCAGCGCGUCUCCACCUUCAGCUGCUGGGCUGCACAGAAAGUCCAUCACCAACCACCCCCUCCAUCCACAAUCCCAGUGGCUGUGAGAAGCCCCCAGGCUUUGAGUUUACAUCUAAACAAGCGUCAUGGGCGUCAAUCCCUACUGCUCUCAUUCCUGCGUUC